CUGGCGCCGCAGGGGAAGGUACCCGGUCGUAAAAGAGGACGACCCCCAGUCCGAAAGUUUCAGAGCCAAUACUUAGAAAGUCUGUUGCCCCUCAGUAUCCCCAAAAAGAGAGGACGAAAACCUGGUUUUAAGGUAAAGCCCAGGAUGUUGACACUUCCUCAGGCGGACUCACCGCCCAACAGUACUACAGAACCUGAGAUGGGCUCCGUCCCACAGGAGGCCGCUAUACUGCCCCACUCAGCUGCUCCACAAGCCCUUACAGCUGCAACACAGGACAGUAAAAGGUCCAAGCAUCCCGGUGAAACGGACCCGUCCAACUGGGGUGUGGAGGAGGUGGUUUGGUUCAUCAAAGACGCAGACCCCCAAGCCCUCGGCCCUCACGCUGACACCUUCAGGAAGCAUGAGAUUGAUGGCGACGCUCUCCUCUUGCUGAAAAGUGAGAUGAUGAUGAAGUAUCUGGGACUGAAGCUGGGACCCGCUCUGAAACUCUGCUACCACAUCGACCGGCUGAAGCAAAGCCAACUGUGAUUGUCUUUAGUGUAGCCAAAACACUGCUGAUCUGUCUCCAAGUUUAUGAUUUAUUCAGUCAAACUAGGGACCUCAGUACCU